CCGCCCAAUUCUCUCGUUUCAAAGCUUCAAAGUUUCCUUGAACUACAACAAUGGCUACAAUCACCAUGUCUCGCCCUUUUAUUUCGUCGCCAUUGGCUGACCCAUCAACUUCAAGUCGAACUGUCACUCAGAGGGUGCUGCCGAAACGCAAUACAUCAUUUCCCUCUUCACGCGCGCUCCGACCAUUCCCCACUAUUUCGCACGCGUUCCAGCCAUCGAGUUCCACCUCAAAAAUCACGCAUAGCAAACCUAUAAAGCUUAUUGAACCACCAAAAGACCAAAAAGCCAUAUUCAUGCUCAACCUUACCCAGGCAGAGUUCAGCAGACAAGACGACGAUUAGACAACCCCACCAUUUUCCGUCACUUCCGGCAAUCCACGGGACCACAUCCUUGUCACGAGCGCUCUCGCACCUCCCUCCACCCCUUUAGGCCUCGGGUUUCAAUAACGCCCAUGAUAAGAAAAACACCGUUCUAUUAUUCGAACCUUCUCUUUUCAAUACCGUACCUGCCCUCCGAUUUACCUUUACUUAUCACCUUUCUUCUGCCAUAACCUUUGUUGUUGUAUUUGUACCGCAUACACGGCCCGUUCUCAAAACUACAGUCUACCGCUACGGAUUCCGUACCGCCUGCAUUAUUACGUACUUAGAUCGU